AGUAGUAGGCGGCCCGGUCGUCCAGUGGUUAGCACGUCGGCUUCACAGUGCAGAGGUACCGGGUUCGAUUCCAGCUCCGGCCUCCCUGUGUGGAGUUUGCAUGUUCUCCCCGGGCCUGCGUGGGUUUUCUCCGGGUGCUCCGGUUUCCUCCCACAUUCCAAAAAAAACAUGCGUGGCAGGCUGAUUGAACACUCUAAAUUGUCCCUAGGUGUGAGUGUGAGCGUGGAUGGUUGUUCGUUUCUGUGUGCCCUGCGAUUGGCUGGCAACCGAUUCAGGGUGUCCCCCACCUACUGCCCGGAGACGGCUGGGAUGGGCUCCAGCACCCCCCGUGACCCUAGUGAGGAUCAAGCGGUACGGAAGAUGAAUGAAUGAAUGAAUGAAUGAAUGAGUAUAGUAGUAGUAUUAUUCGGAUGAGUGUUAUCAUUACAGUAUAUAAAAUAUCCAUCGUCUCCAAAAAUGCAAGUGUGAUGCAAUUGUUGCAACAAUAAAUCACAGCAUAUAAAAUUUAUUUUAAGAGUAAGCAUGGAACUGUUGAUUCUUUCAAAAAAAAGACUGAGAGAAAAGAAAAGAAAAGAAAAGAAAAGAAAAAAUAGUAAUGACCCGCUGAAAUUGUAACCUAAUUAAUUUAUGGAACAUUUUUAAUGCAGUAAAAAUGAUUAAUUUAACAACUGCUUCGUGUUAAACAUUAUAAAUAAAGACAAUUGGUGGCGCUGUCGGUCCGAUUUGUUGUGAGCCAUCCGACAAAUGUCCCAAAUGCAACAACGGCGGGCAACUCGCUCUUUCAUCCAGAGGAGGGAAGGGGAAGAAACGGGACAGCUCCGUAGUGCUGAAAGCCAAACGGGAAACGGCCACGCGUUAUUGACUCUGUCGGAUUAAACCAGUUCUUACUGUGUUUGGAUUCACAUGUUGCGGUAAAAGUAAGCCCAUUUUGAUCACUUUCAGUACAGCGUGCAGUGAAUUGGAAAUAAUGGACUUGUAUGAGACAAUGAGACCACACAAAAGGUACGUGCAUCUCAUUGUGUUGCUUUCCACGGCUCACGUUUUGGCUUCUGUGACACAUUAUUCCAUCCCCGAGGAGCUUAAAGAAGGAUCCGUUGUUGCCAACCUGGCGAACGAUCUCGGGGUGGACGUCACCAGUCUGAUUAGAAGAAAAUUGCGUGUCGACAUCAUCGCAAACAAAAAAUAUUUGGAUGUGAACAAAGAGACGGGAGAACUGUAUAUUGCGGAGAAGAUUGACAGAGAACACAUUUGCACCACUAAAUGGACAUCAUCGUGCUAUCUCAAACUGGAGGUGACGCUGGAAAACCCGCUGCGGAUUUUUAACAUAGAGUUAGAAAUACUAGACAUGAAUGACAACGCCCCGCAGUUCAGACGAAACGCCAUUCAUUUGGAUUUAUCCGAGUCCACUUCGGCAGGGGAGAGAUUCUCUUUAAGUAAUGCAGUCGAUCCUGAUGUAGGGAUCAAUUCGGUGAGUACGUAUCAUUUGAGUGAAAGCGAGCAUUUUAAUAUUGAGGUUCAGACGGGUCGAGAUGGAUCCAAAUUUGCAGAUUUAAUAUUGAAGAAGACAUUAGACAGGGAGCAGCAGGCAAUGCACAUUUUAAUACUAACGGCAGUAGAUGGCGGUAAACCGCCGCGUUCUGGCACUGUCAGUAUUAUUGUUCAUGUUUUAGACACCAACGACAAUGCGCCUUUGUUUGAUAAAUCUAUAUACAGUGUCAAAAUAACGGAAAAUUCUCCUAUUGGAAGCCUUGUUAUUGAUUUAAAUGCAACUGAUUUGGAUGAGGGCUCAAAUUCUGAUUUAACAUACUCAUAUAGUUUAUAUACACCAGAGAAAGCACGAGAAACAUUUUAUUUAAACCCAUCUACUGGUGAGAUCACUGUGAAAGGAAUGCUGAACUAUGAAGAUUUUAAGAUUUAUGAUAUGGAGGUUAUAGCAGCAGACAGAGGCGUCAAUAGUUUGUCAGGCCAAUGUACGAUCAAAAUUCAAAUUGAGGACAUGAAUGACAACCACCCAGAAAUAUCCAUUAAAUCUUUUCAAAGUCCAGUCAGCGAAAACAUUGAUGUCGACACCGUGAUAGCAGUUUUGAGUGUGAGUGAUAAGGACUCCGGCAAUAAUGGAGUGGUGGAUCUUCGCAUUCCAAACAACAUGCCUUUUAAAUUGAGGCAGUCGCCCGAUAGCUUAUAUAAAUUAGUUGUUUCUGAGCCAUUAGACCGUGAGAAGGUUCCAGAAUACGACAUCACCUUCACCGUCACAGACAGAGGCUCCCCUCCUUUAAGUGACAACGAAACCAUGACUUUGCAUCUGCUGGAUGUAAAUGAUAAUGCGCCACACUUCCCCCAGUCCUUUUAUACCAUACGUGUGAUGGAGAAUAACGCCCCUGGCGCCUUGCUCAGCUCCCUCAGUGCCUUUGACCCCGACCUCCAUGAGAACCAGUACCUAGUGUACUUCAUCCUGGAGAAGGAGAUAGCCAACACCUCUAUGUCCAUGCUCUUCUCCAUCAAUCCAGAGAACGGCAACCUUUACGCACUCAAGACUUUUGACUAUGAGAUGGAGAAGGACUUCCUCUUCCACAUCGAGGCCAGAGACUCUGGUUCUCCUCCGCUCAGCAGCAACGUGACCGUCCACAUCAUCAUCGUGGAUCAGAAUGACAACACCCCGGUUAUCGUCUCUCCGUGGCGAGCGCACGGCUCCGUAGUGGAGGAGAAGAUCCCCAGAUCCACAGAUAAAGGCUCCCUGGUGGCCAAGGUGAUAGCCUUGGACGUGGAUUCCGUGCACAACUCUCGCGUCACCUACCAGUUCCUGCAGGUGACCGACGCCUCUUUGUUCAGUCUGGACCAGUACAACGGGGAGAUCCGCACCAUGAGGAUGUUCAGCUACAAAGAUUCUCGUCACCAGAGACUGGUUGUUGUUGCCAAGGACAACGGGGAGCCCGCUCUCUCCGCUACGGUCACCAUCAAGCUGUCCACGGUGGAAACGGCCGUGAAGGCCUACUCGGACAUGACCGAGGUACCGCUGGAAUACGACAUCUUCUCGGACCUCAACCUGUAUCUGGUCAUCGGUCUGGGCUCGGUGUCCUUCCUGCUGCUCAUCACCAUCCUGGUCACCAUCGUGCUCAAGUGUCAGAAGGUCAAGCCCAGCAAAGCGGCUCCUCCCUGCAGGAACAGCGUGAUCAGCGAGAGGAACUCCACCAUCGCAGAUUCCACUCUGGUGUCCAACGAUGCCUACUGGUACAGUCUGUUCCUAGCAGAGACCAGGAAAGGAAAACUGGUGGUCAGGCAGCCCAUGCCGAAGGGCCCAAGGUACAUUGUGUCCAGUAUUCCCAGGAGCACAGGCAUGUCUGAGACCAGCGGCUCCGCUCCUUCCACUCUGCAGGUAUGA